CAUUGGUAGCAGCGGUGUGUUUCCGGGUCCUAAUAAAAUGAAUGUCCACAGCCAAGAUUGUCUGUUUUGAUGGCUAGAAAGUUACUUCGUUUUCACUGCACUUCUUGAUUCUUGUUUUUUAGGGAAAAAACAACUGCAAAACAACUUGCAGUUGUUUGGCUUAAAGCUGGUGAUUGAUGUUUGAGUGACUGUCAGUGAUUUCCUGGCUAGGUGUUACUUUUGUUUUUUUAAAGAAACGGAUUUAAAUUCGGUUAUGUGCUUCGAUAGGGUUAAAACAUUAUUUACACGUUAGCUGGUGGUCUGGAAUUUAUCUUUAGUAGAGGAAAGUAACCUACUUAAUAAUUGUUGGAAAUCGUUCUUUCUGACCAUGUCUACGCUUUAUUUCAUGUGCUUCUUACUGUGUACAGGUCAACUCCUAAGUACAGCUGCACAAAACUGUCACCAGUCCACAGAGUGUGCCCGAGAUCACUGCUGCCUCCUGGACAAGUCCCUCAACGUGGGAGUGUGUACGCCCAUGGGAGGGAUAGCCCAAAGAUGCUACGUCCACCAGCCUUAUGCCUACGAGCGUCCGAAGGAAAUGGUCACCGACUACGACCUCUGUCCUUGCAGCACGGGAAACAUCUGUGGCGGCAUUGACAGCUACGAUCCUGUGUAUGGUCAGAGAGGAAUCUGUACGUUUGGGAAGUGAGAAACACUAGUUCAAUGUCUGGCGAACUCGUGUACUUUGUACUGUUAAUAAGUUGUUGCCUUCAUAAUAAAGUUAUUGUUUUCCCACCAAACUCGUGUAUUUUGUACUGUAAAUAAGAUGUUGCCUUCAUAAUAAAGCUAUUGUUUUCCCACCAAACUCGUGUAUUUUGUACUGUAAAUAAGAUGUUGCCUUCAUAAUAAAGCUAUUGUUUUCCCACCAAACUCGUGUAUUUUGUACUGUAAAUAAGUUGUUGCCUUCAUAAUAAAGUUAUUG